AGGCCCAAAUACACUACCAAAAUCCGAACACUAACCGCGAGUACCAGCCCACACUCCAAAUGAGGGAAUUGUAGUCAGUCUCGCCAUUUCUUGAUUCCAAGGGACAACUCAAGAUUACGACCGCCAUGAAAGCUCUGUUCAAACCCACUUCAUCAUCUCUCUCCACACCCACCAACUAUACACACACCAACAUUAAUCACACAUGUUCUCAAAGGUUAGCUCAAUUCCCGGUUAGAGAUGUCCAAGCUGUGAUUUGCCCCAGAAGGGGUCGAGUGAGUGUAAAAGCUGUGUUAGAUUCUAAAGAAGUGAAGGAAUCGAGGUUUAAAGAACCUGAUAUUCGAAACCCAACUGUCUCGUCUUCUUACCGGAGUUGUCAUUAUUCUAAGCCCAAUCAGACUGUGUUGGAAGCUCAGACCAGGGUCUGUACUGGCCCCACUCAGACCAAACCUCUUAAUGAAGAACAGGCUUUCAAGGUUUUUGAUACCAUUCUAAGAUCAGCCAAAGGAGAACUAAAGGAUGAUGAGAAAGUGUCAAAAGCGCAACUAGGUGCCUUUUUUGCGGCAAUGACAAUCCGUGCUAAUGCUUUUCCGGAACCAACACAGUGGAGUGAAGGGGAAAGGCGUGCAAUAAAUGCGUACUGGCCACACUUGGUUCGAGUCUUAUCUCCUGAUAUAAUAUUUGUUGCUGAUCCCGAAGGCUCGAUAAUGGGAACUGGUAACUCAAUUGGUCCACAAUAUGUAGGUAAUGGUACAUCUGACAUGAGAUUGGUUGGCGCUCUUAGGGAAGUUUUAGCUGGGGGGCAUCUUGGGUAUGAGGAAGUUCAAGGUGUUCUGCGUGAUGUUCUUCCACUGAACAGUGAGAACAAAUCAGCAAUUGUUACAGAGUCUCUACUUUCAGCCUUCUUGAUAGGUCAACGUAUGAACAGGGAGACUGAUCGUGAGCUGAAAGCAUACUGCCUUGCGUUCGAUAAUGAACUUGGUCCAGUGCCAAUUGCAGAUGUUAAGUCAUUGACUCAUUACGGUGAACCAUAUGAUGGAAAUACCCGUUUCUUCAGGAGCACACUUUUUGUUGCUGCUGUUAGAUCCUGUUAUGAUGAAGCAUCUUUGCUUCAUGGUGUGGAUUGGAUGCCACCAAAGGGUGGCAUAACUGAAGAACAAAUGCUGAAGUUCAUGGGAGCAGACACGAAUUUAUCUCCUUUGCAGGCUAAGAGGCUUCUUGAGGAUAAGGGGGUCGGUUUUGCUUAUGUGAGUCAGCGAGAAGCUUGUCCAUCACUAUAUUCAGUUAUUGGGCUCCGGGAACAUAUAAAGAAACGUCCACCACUAGCAACAACUGAGAAGGUUCAACAGAUUGUGAGGGCUCGGGGAAAGGAAUCGAUUGUUGCUGGGUUCUAUCAUGAAGGUUAUGAAGAACCCCUUUUGAUGCUUAUGAAACGAAGAGGCGUUCAUUCUGGUUUGGUGGUAAAGGGUGAGGAAGGUGCACUCUCAAUGACAACAAAAGCCCGCUCAAUGAAUGCAUCAAAAGGACUACCAGUUAAUUACUGUGCCGGAUUUCGCUCAGUGGACAUGCCAAUGCCUUAUGAAGUUGACGGUGUGUCGCUUGAAAAUUUUAAGUUUGUGGUGAACGCAGAGGAGUAUGGCUUUGAUCCCACCGAAACUCCAAGGACAGAUAAAUCGGUCUCAAGAAAUAUAGAAUUAGGCUUAGCAGCUCUUCGCGGUGAAAAAGGUCCAGCAUAUGAUCGAAUCAUCCUAAACGCUGGAAUCGUAGAUCACUUGCUUGGAUGUAAGGGAGCAGAAGAUAUAUCGGCAGCACUUGAUAGAGCUAGAGAGGCUAUUGACAGUGGCAAGGCCCUUGAUAGGCUACUGAAUUACAUUAAGAUGUCUCACAAAGUCAGAUGAAGGGAAAAAGGUUAGCUUAACUUUUUGGAUUUUUCCAGUUGGACGACUAUCAAAGAUGAAGUUCUUUUAUUUUUAUACAAAGUCACCUAGAAAACAGUUUUGUUGUGUAAUACUGCUUUUACAGGCUGAAUAGGUGGAAUAAUAUACAUAUGAUUUGUAAAACUGCAUUUACCGGCUGAAUAGAAAAUAAUAUACAGAUACUACAGCACCAACUUUGAAACUCUUA